AUGGAGACUCGACUAGAUAAAGAUUCCGAUCUCAGUUCGCAAUACCGCGACUUCUUGUCUGAAUACGAAUCACUCGGCCAUAUGACACGCGUGGACGAGGCUGAAAUUACGGAGACCUUGCCAGUUUACAUUCCCCAUCAUCCGGUGAUGCGGGAAGAGAGCUGCACCACGAAGCUUCGCAUUGUCUUUAACGCGUCUUGUAAGACUCGAAAUGGGACGUCUCUCAACGACCAUUUACUUGUCGGGCCGAAACUACAACAGGACCUUCCUGCUGUAUUAACGCGUUGGCGUAAAUGGCGCUUAGUCUAUACGGCAGACAUCGCAAAAAUGUUUCGCCAGAUACGCGUACAUUCGAAGGACGUCGACUUUCAAAGGAUACUUUGGCGCCCUACGGCUGACGCGCCAAUUACCCACUUUCGACUGCUCACCGUUACAUACGGUUUAGCUUCAGCACCGUAUCUGUCUAUGCGAGUGCUUCGACAAUUAGCUCUUGACGAAGGUGCUGACUUUCCUGCUGCGGUUCCUAUCAUUAAUGACUCAAUCUAUGUGGAUGACGCGUUGUUCGGUGCCGACAACUUUGACUCGUUACUCGAUACGCGCACUCAACUCGUAGAACUUUUGAAACGCGGCGAUUUUUUGCUACGAAAAUGGGCUUCCAAUUGUGACGAACUUCUUGAUAACGUUACAAACGAUCAGUCGGAAGUUACUAAUCACCUUGUACUGAAGGACGAAUUGUUAAGGAUUCUUGGUUUAUCGUGGCUUCCGUCGGAAGACUCAUUUCAAUUCACAGUGAAGUUUGAUCUUCCGAUCGUGUUGACAAAACGUUCUAUACUAUCGUGCAUUGCUAAACUAUACGACCCUCUCGGAUGGGCUGCCCCGGUUGUGAUAACUGCCAAGAUAAUUCUGCAAGAAUUGUGGCUACUACGUUACGAUUGGGACACCCCACUUCCAAACGAGUUGAGUCAACGAUGGACUGCUUUCGCCUCCGACCUUUCAAGUUUGGAGUCGAUACGUAUUCCUCGAUGGACCGGUCAAAGCCCGGAUAAUCUUACGUUAGAACUUCACGGAUUCGCGGACGCCUCGAAUCGCGCUUACGCCGCCGUUGUCAUUCCUCGACUCGAACUCAAUGCGGUAGUUUUAUUAAGUCGAUUAGUGAAGUGGUUGAUAAAUUCAUUAAACUUCUCAAAUACUUCGAUUCAUUGUUGGACGGACUCCACUAUUACGCUGGCGUGGCUGCGUCAACACCCAUCGAAAUGGACCACGUACGUGGCCAAUAGGGUAUCGGAAGUACAGUGCAACCUGCCAUCUGCUAAGUGGAGUCACGUGCCGUCCAAAGAAAAUCCCGCGGACUGUGCGUCCAGAGGAUUCAAUGCGUCCGACAUAGUUGAGCAUUCGUUAUGGUGGGCGGGCCCGCCUUGGCUUCAACAGCCUUCUACCUCUUGGCCUCCACAUAACGUCGCUACUUCACUCUCUGAAGAGCUAGUGAAACAAGUACAUGCCGAAAGUCGAAAAUCCGCGGUUCUGCAUGUAGAGGGCACUCCGGAAUGGGACCUUCCCCAUCGAUUUGGCUGUUGGACUAGACUUGUCCGAGUGACAGCUUACAUCUACCGAUUUUUCCUUUGUUCUCGUAAUAAAACGAACAGUGAAGAUACCACUGUAUUGUAUCUUGGAGUAGACGAGCUCCGUCGAGCAGAGACUUUCUGGCUCGCUUAUGCGCAGAAAAGAUCGUUCGAACUCGAGUUCAAGACCUUACGGAAAGACGAAACGCUCCCUCACAAAAGCUCGUUGAAAUCGCUAAAUCCUUUCGUCGGAAAGGAUUCUUUACUUCGUCUCGGCGGGCGAUUACGAAAUUCCGCUCUCUCCUACAAGGAACGACAUCCGAUUAUCAUUCCCCGGGGCAGAAUAGCCGAGCUGUUAAUCGAUCAUGCGCAUCGGAUCUCGCUCCACGGCGGAGUUCAACUUGUCCUCCGAACGCUCCGUCAAAACUAUUGGCUACUCGGCGGUCGAAGUACGGUAAAAUUUCGCAUUCGGCAAUGCAUAGUUUGCGCUCGUUACGCGAAGCAACAAGCCAGCCAACUCAUGGGAGAUCUCCCUUCUCCCCGAGUUAAUCCAUCGUCCCCGUUUACUCAUACGGGAGUCGAUUACGCUGGUCCGUUUUUCCUUACCCCGUUCGUCAGUCGCGGACAGAAGACUCGAAAACAUUAUAUUGCUUUGUUUAUUUGUCUCGCUACAAAAGCUAUUCAUAUUGAAUUAGUCGAAGACUAUUCCGCGGCGGGUUUUUUGGCGGCCUUUAGGAGAUUCGCGAGUCGAAGAGGCUUGCCUCAAAAACUGUAUAGCGAUAACGGAACAAAUUUCCACGGAGCGGACCGGGAGCUAAAGAGCACGUUUGACGCAGUAAGUUCCGAUCCCUCAUUGCGAGACGUCCUCGCUAACGAUAGAGUGGAGUGGCACUUCAUUCCGUCCGCAUCUCCUCACUUCGGAGGAUUGUGGGAGGCCGGCGUAAAGAGCUUCAAGACUCACUUGAAAAAGACAGUGGGUUCGCAUACCUUAUCUCAAGCCGAAUUUUCAACACUGCUUUGCCGAAUUGAGGCGUGUCUCAAUUCGCGCCCCAUUGCAACCUUAAGCGACGAUCCAAGCGAUUUGCUAGCGCUUACUCCUGGUCAUUUUCUUAUAGGUCGACCGAUGACCGCCGUACCGGAGGAGUCUGUACUUGCGAUAAACGAAAACCGAUUGUCUUGA